CUUGUCUCUCAGUGUAUGUUGGGUGUCUCUUGCCUUGGCAGUCAAAAUGCAGGCCGAGGCUCUGGAUGGACCGCUGAGGGGACCAUGCAGGGCUGGAAUCGGAGAGCCCGAAAGAGCCCUGGGCAGUUGUCGGAGCCGGACAGGACCCAGCUGAGCCAGGACCUGGGUGGGGGCACCCUGGCUAUUGACUCACUGCCGGAUAACAGGACCAGGGUGGUGGAGGACAACCACAACUACUAUGUGUCGCGUCUGUACGGCCCCAGCGAGCCCCACAGCCGGGAGCUCUGGGUGGAUGUGGCCGAGGCCAACCAGAGCCAAGUGAAGGUCCACAGAAUCCUCUCCAACACCCACAGGCAGGCUUCGAGUGUGGUCUUGUCCUUUGAUUUCCCUUUCUACGGGCAUCCUCUGCGACAGAUCACCAUAGCAACUGGAGGCUUCAUCUUCACUGGUGACGUGAUCCAUCGGAUGCUCACAGCUACUCAGUAUGUGGCCCCUCUGAUGGCCAACUUCAACCCUGGCUACUCCGACAAUUCCACAGUUGCUUACUUUGAUAAUGGGACAGUCUUUGUUGUUCAGUGGGACCACGUCUACCUCCAAGGAUGGGAAGACAGGGGCAGCUUCACCUUCCAGGCAGCUCUGCACCGAGACGGCCGCAUUGUAUUCGGCUACAAAGAGAUCCCUAUGUCCAUCCUGGAAAUCAGCUCUUCCCAGCAUCCUGUCAAAGCUGGCCUGUCAGAUGCCUUCAUGAUUCUCAACCCAUCCCCGGACAUACCAGAAUCUCGGCGAAGGGCCAUCUUUGAAUACCACCGUGUAGAGCUGGACCCCAGCACAGUCACCAGCACGUCGGCCGUGGAGUUCACCCCAUUGCCAACCUGCCUGCAGCAUCAGAGCUGUGAUACCUGCAUGUCCUCGGACCUGACCUUCAACUGCAGCUGGUGUCAUGUCCUCCAGAGGUGCUCCAGUGGCAUUGACCGCUACCGCCAGGAGUGGCUGGCCUACGGCUGUGCCCAGGAGGUGAGAGGCGCAGAGGGCAAGACGUGUGCGGACUUCCAGGACGAGGACCACUACUCAUCCUCCCCCAACAGCUCCUUCAGCCCCUUUGAUGGAGACCUCAGCACCACCUCCUCCUCCCUUUCCAUGGACAGCCUCACCACAGAAGAUGACACCAAGUUGAAUCCCUAUGCGGGAGAAGAUGGCCUUCAGAACAACCUGUCCCCUAAGACGAAGGCCCCCCCUGUGCACCUGGGCACCAUUGUGGGCAUCGUGCUGGCAGUCCUCCUUGUGGUGGCCAUCAUCCUGGCAGGGAUUUACAUCAGUGGCCACCCCACCUCCAAUGCUGCUCUCUUCUUCAUCGAGCGGAGACCUCACCACUGGCCGACCAUUAAGUUCCGCAACCACCCCAACCACUCCACCUACACGGAGGUGGAACCAUCAGGCCAUGAGAAGGAGGGCUUUGUGGAGGCUGAGCAGUGCUGAGAGCACCUUGGAAGGGUAGGAUGGAAGACCCCAGAGACCCUAAUAAAAGCGAGUCAAGCAAAGCAGAGAAGUGCUUUUUCUUAGCCUCCUCCAAACAUAUCCUGGUUGGGAAGAUGGGACAGUGGUUUGUGGUGCUAGACCUACAGUUUGGCCAUCACACCCCAGUUAUUGAAGCAGGGGGCAGAAAAGCAACCACACUGAGUUUUUAAGGAACAAUGACCUAAUUUCAUCCUGUUUUGAUGCAAGGGGUCAUCCCUUCUGGGGCUGUCAAUGGUCUACCCUGUAGCUGCCCCAGAGGCCCCCUCCCACCCGGAGAUGGCCAGAAGCCUGCAUAUGACACAAGAGAACUGAACUCUCCAUUGGGGCUGCCGCAUCCCAGGGUCCAUAGACUCAAGAGCUGGUCCUCAUGGCUAUGGAUUCGGCACAUUCAGCCCCUGCUUCUGUGGCUCUGGAAGUCUGGAGGAGUUCGCUCCAUCUGUUAAACAUAGGUACGGCUGCUCUCAGCCCUUCGUCAAGCCACAGAUGGCAUGUUGUCAUCAGUGGAAAGCCAAAGGAGAGGGGAGAAGAGAACUGGUGAGGAAAAUUGCAUCUUUAGGCUUUGCUCUCUCAACUUGCCCCUUCUGCUGAGAACCAGCGCUUCUGCUUCGGACGUGUGUGCAGCCUGCGUCAUGGCCUUUACCCCAGGUGUGCCCAGCCUCGGCCUGGCGAGCCACGCGGGGCUCUUUAUUCCAAUGGCACGUUUGGUAUCCAUUGUAUUCACUGACUUGAUCUUCUGUCAGUGCCAGUAAGUACCUCCAAGGGCAGAGCUUGCCUGAUACGCUUUUUCCUCUUCCAAACUGAAUUUCGAUAGCCAUGAAAGAGAAACAGGGUGGUCUAUUGAGACAUGCCCAGCAGGGAACUUCAGUUGGAGUCGUUUGAGAAGCUGCCAAUUGGAACAGAGGCCUCUGACAUGGGAAGGAGGGACUUUCUAUGGAAAACCUUGACUUGGAAAGCUGCUUCCAUCUCCCCAGCUCUGCUGGAAGUUUUGGGGCCACAGAGUUUAGGCUUCCAAACUUAACCUGGUUUUAAGGGAAUUCUGUCUUAGAUGGGAGACAGGGCUGCUUCUGAAGAGCAUUUAAAAUGAAAAUCCACAGCUCACCCUCAGUCAAAGUAAAACAUAACAGCAGUAAAUAACUAGUAAAUCGCAGUCAUGCCCUUUUCCGCAUAUCAUCAGGACACUGCCCAAGAAAGAAGUUAGUCUAAAUAUACAGCCUCCCAAAGGGGAGGUAGGGAGACUACAAGUAACCAAACACAUCCAAACACUCCACGGGUGUUUUUCCAGGUGCUCCACGGUUUAUCCUCGAUGAGGACACUAAUAACAAUCAGAGUAGGAAAUGUGCCGGACCUUGGCAACAUAUAUAUUUUUUUCAUAAACCUGACAAGGAAGAUCUAUGGGGAGGGUUGGAAAUUGAGAAAGAAAAAAGACAAUGCAGCAGAGAGAACAGGGUUCUUUUCAAGCCUCUGAGGGACAGAAAGGUCUGUCACAGAGCUCUCUUAAUGAGAGACGCGCAGCCAGGCACUGCGGUGAUCUGGGCUCCCAGUACUCCGGGCCAGCAGGAGGCUAAUUUUUGUUCUUGCUCAACCAGCAAAGCAUUUAUGAGCCUUAUGUGUCUAAAACGGCCAGUGGGCCAGUUUCUGUUGUGGCCAAAUGCAGUGCCCAGCACCAUUUGUCCCGCUCCCAACCCCAACGUGCUUCUUCCCAGUGGGAGCUCUGCCAGCCACUCUAGAUUCCUGAACAGAAAGGACACCGAGAGUGAAGAAAGGGGCGGUGACGCACUGAGGCCUCUGCCAUAAUGAUUGCAGGUGGGGAAAGACUACCUGGUGCCUCUGCUGGCCUGGUCAGAGAAGCCUGGCUGACCCCUGGGGUGACAGUGGGGAUGGCAGUGGCAAUGUCUGGCAGCAGGUAGCCUGGUUUGUUUACAGCAAAAAGAACUAAAGAUGUGUCAUUAAGAGAGGCCUCUGGACAUUAAGAGCCUCCGGAUUGCUCAAGCCAAAGCAUGGAAGCCUGGUGCUCCCAAGAAACAGAGCCCAGCACUCAGAGUGAAUGCUGGGUCCCAGCUAUCCUUAGGCUCUCUCACGUUUCUUAGACAGACCCUAGAGUUUUACUCUAAGGCUUAGAGCAUGUUAGCUGGGUAGCUGAGGAGAGUGACCAGAAGGAGACAUCGGGGUCUCAUGGCCAACCCUCCGAGUUUGGCGGACAGUCCAGGAAGGCAAAAUAGCAUUUCACGUACUGGGCACAAUCAACCAGAGAGAGGGUGUAGACUUCCAGGCCCCUCAACCCAACAGGCAUAUACAGUUUCCAAGGAAAGCAGGUGAUUGACAGUUCCUUCCCUCCGUGGUGUCUCCGGGCAGCCUCACAGUGAUCCCGUGGGACAGGAAGCUUUAACCUGGUGAAAUAGGGCUCUGGGGAGCUGUCUGUGUUGUACCCAGAAAUAAGUAGGUCUCAGGGAGGCUCUGCUUUACACCAGAGCUCUUGAGAGAGCCAACAAGAACAUGGGAAUAAGAAGAGGAAUGAGGAGGCUGAGAAGGGGACCCUGGAUCACGCUGUGAGCACAACCUCAUUCUCCUUUAAUCAGUCACUCCUAGAUUUUCGGGCAUGUCCAGUAAGGUCCCAGGGGAUUCUGAUUCUAGAACGUGAGUGCUUAAGAGACCAGCCAUCAACCCCAGCACCCAGAAAUGCCCCAGGUAGCAGAUGGGGUUUCCAAGCUUGACUGAUUGGCUACCUCCCUCCCGCCAUAAAUCAGGUAUUACCUGCUCAGCCCAGCAGGCCCCUGAUUCUGGAAGCCACUUUUUCAGGUCUCAGCCUCGAGCCCAAGGUUGAAAAUGUCCUUUUGUCACUAUUAGAGGCUCUCAAUCGAUCUAUGAAAGCAAUUUUUAAAAUUCAAUGGGUUCCACCAGGGAUCCCCUGUGUAAUGUAUUCCUGUGUGUAUAUGUAUAGAUUUAGGCAUACACACGCAUGCACACAUGUGCAUUUUAUCGCUAAAAACGUUGGAUGAAGCUAUAGCUGUGCUCAGCCUGUAGCUUGAUUUAUUAAAUUAAGACAGUGGCAAAAGCUGCCAGCCAACCACACUAUUUGAAAAGCAGGGUGUUCACCGCUUGAGCUGAUCACUCAACCGGUUAUGGGUGGGCAGGGCUAAGACUUUUCUCUGGGUCCUGGAACAAGUAACAGAUCAGCAGCUGCAUCCAGACUCCCUGGCCUUGAGAAGCGCUACCAGGUAGAGUCACAGAUAAAAUGCAGCCAAUCUCUCUCUCUCUCUCUCUCUCUCUCUCUCUCUCUCUCUCUCUCUCUUUUUCUCUCUCUCUCUCUCCAUCCUCACUUCUCCUCCACCCCCCAAGAAAAACCUACCUGAAUUUACAGCACAAUUAGAAGUUAUGUGGGGAUUGAGGGCAUCCUAGCUGCCCUAAAUGCAAUGUACUCACGGAUUUAGUGUGAAUUCUCUGCAUGGAUUCUCAGUGUUCAUAAUAAAAGGUAACAUUCUUUUAUGA